GGCUGCCCGGGCCCGGCGCGGGCGCGGCCUCCGCCAUGUACACCUUCGUGGUGCGCGACGAGAACAGCAGCGUCUACGCCGAGGUCUCCCGGUUGCUGCUCGCCACCGGCCACUGGAAGCGCCUGCGGCGAGACAACCCUCGCUUUAACCUGAUGUUGGGAGAGAGGAACCGGCUGCCUUUCGGGAGACUGGGUCACGAGCCCGGGCUGGCGCAGCUGGUGAAUUACUACAGAGGGGCCGACAAGCUGUGCCGAAAGGCGUCUUUAGUGAAGCUGAUCAAGACAAGCCCGGAACUGGCCGAGUCCUGCACCUGGUUCCCUGAGUCCUAUGUGAUUUACCCAACCACUCUCAAGACCCCGGUUGCUCCAGCACAGAAUGGCAUCCAGCCGCCGGUCCACAACACAAGGACAGAUGAAAGAGAAUUCUUCCUGGCUUCUUACAACAGAAAGAAAGAAGAUGGGGAGGGCAAUGUGUGGAUCGCAAAAUCAUCAGCUGGUGCCAAGGGUGAAGGCAUCCUCAUUUCCUCCGAGGCCUCGGAACUUCUGGAUUUCAUAGACAACCAAGGCCAAGUGCACGUGAUCCAGAAAUACCUUGAGCGCCCUCUGCUGCUGGAACCAGGCCACCGCAAGUUUGACAUUCGAAGCUGGGUCCUGGUGGAUCAUCAGUAUAACAUCUACCUCUAUAGAGAGGGCGUGCUGCGGACUGCUUCAGAGCCAUAUCACAUGGACGAUUUCCAAGACAAAACGUGCCAUCUCACCAACCACUGCAUUCAGAAGGAGUACUCGAAGAACUACGGCAAGUAUGAAGAAGGCAAUGAGAUGUUCUUUGAGGAGUUCAAUCAGUACCUAACAAGUGCUUUGAACAUCACCCUGGAAAGUAGCAUUCUACUUCAAAUCAAACAGAUAAUAAGGAGCUGCCUCAUGAGCGUGGAGCCCGCCAUCAGCACCAAGCACCUCCCUUACCAGAGCUUCCAGCUGUUUGGCUUCGACUUCAUGGUGGACGAGGAGCUGAAGGUCUGGCUCAUUGAGGUCAACGGCGCCCCUGCUUGUGCUCAGAGGCUGUAUGCGGAGCUGUGCCAGGGCAUCGUGGACAUAGCCAUAUCCAGUGUCUUCCCACCCCCCGACGUGCAGCAGCCGCAGCCCCCGCCGGCUGCAUUCAUCAAGCUGUGAGCCGUGGGGGUGCUCAGAGCUGCCUUGGGAAAAACACGGUGUCCUGCCACAGAGAAGCUGGGACGACUGCUCCUGUUCACACGGAGGAAGGAAGGGCAGCUGGAGCCGGCAUGACCGAAGAGGGCUUGCCAGAAGCGGAGGUGACCGCGCCCAGAGCAUGCUGCUCACCACUUCCCAGGUGGGGCGCAGCGCUCCGCAGGGCUCUUGAAAACGGAAGCCAAAGUCUCUGAGCAGAGUGGAAUUCUUCUAAGAGGAAAAAACCAGCAGGAGUUGGGUUAUUUUGUGUUCUUGUGCUUUAGAAAACUCUGCUAAGGUAGCAUGGCAAGCAGAACCUCAUCUCCCUGGGAAUGCAGACGGCUGGGACCAUGGCUGGUGUCUUUUCCACCGGCUACAGACUUAGUGCCUUAGCUCUGCACCCGGCUGCAGUGCCGCUGCCCUGGGACAGGGAUCGGAUGUUAGAGUGGUCUGGGGGCUGCCCGUGUGUCCCUUGCUCACCCUCUCUACCACACCUCUGCCCCCUAGACGCUGGACAAGCAUGCACCAACAGCCCUUAGUGUCCUGCCACGUGCUGGCCUUGGCCAGGGCGGGUCAUCAGCACCUUCCAUCAUGGCGGUUGGCCGGUCACCUGCCAGGGUUCCUGAGGGUUGGGCACCAAAACGGCACACCCUGCUCUUGGUCUGCUCUCUGCAUGUUUUAGAAACAGCAGCAAGUUUGCCCCCUAUGAGCAUCACAGAAGCAUGAGAGAAAAAAAAUACCGUAUCUUGCUUUACUUAAUAGGUUGGGUAUGGUGGGACUUUGAUAUAAGAUGAUUCACAGUUACCUUUGCUUUUUUUAAGCCAGAAUUCUAAAUUGCAGUUUUGCAAAGUUCCCUUUCCUUCCUGUUUUGUUUUGUUUUUCAAGUACAGAUUUGUAAAAACUUCUCCGGGGAGUCAGGAGAAAGAAUUAGACUCCUCGUGCCCUCCCGGGUGACCCUGCCCCAGACAGUCUGCUUUCCCGCUUUGUGUUCCUUUCUGUGUCCUAGGCGCCCCCUGCAGAAGCUGGAGGGGCCGCUUUGGUCACCAGAAGGGGUCUGGGUGUGCUGUGUCUGCAGGCGUCAGGGGAGGCCGUCUGUGCGAGUGACCGCUCUUUUUCGCUGGCCAUGCUGUGGUUUCUCAGCUCCAGGCCGCGUCCUGUUAGCCUGAGCCACACAGGUUCUGUUGGACGUUUGUUUCCAUGGCCUCGUUGGACUCAUGGGAAGGGUAGCUUCAGAAAGUUCAAAGAAGAUGAAAUUAAAGAUAAGUUUAUUUUGAUGCAAAAAAAUUUUGAGAUCUAUGCAUACAUGGGGUCUUCAGAAAUUGGAAAAUGAUGGUCAUUUUUGCACCAGAGUAAAUUCGUCUUUUCAUUUCACUUUUCUAUGAAGUUUUUGAAACAGCUGUGUAUUUCAUAGGCUUUUCAGGAAGCCGCACUAAUGGUGGGAAGAACAACUGGCAUUUGUGUUCCAUGUGAGCCCAGUUAACAGGCUCUUAGAGUGUCCCAGAAAUCAGAGCAGACCCAUUGAAACACACACACACAUACACACACGCACACGCACACACACCCUUAGAAACGUGUUGGGUGCUUUCUAUGGGCAUUCGUGUGCUCCUUUAUUCGUUUCUCCUUGGAACAAGUAGUUCUGCAGUGAGGUGAGACUUGGGCAAAGAGAAGGAAAAGCAAUACCUCAAAUAUGAUGAGAUGUAGACGCUCACAAUGAAAAGACUGAUCAUGGUAGAACUGAUGUAACAGAGGCAGCAGUGCGGAUAGGCCUUGGAUGUGUUGCUUUGGGAGGAAGUGAAGAAAGGCGCAACUGAGUUGAUUGUGGUAGAGAUUUGGCAUUACAGAAGAGAAAUCCUGGGGGUUACCCUUAAUGUGGAUGAUACGGUUUGCAUCCAGAGCCUGUGUCAGUGGUGAACAGUCCUGGAGCCCAGUGUAGCUGAUGGGUUGGUGUCGGGGCUCAUGUUUGUGAAAGGAGUGAGGUCUAAUCAGAUCAUAGAAUGGUGUACACUCAUUUAUAAAGCCGGGGGUGCUGGGUCCUGGGUGUGUCUAGUUGGGCUGGUAACAGGGAAAGCACGGAGGCUUUUUUGUGCUGUUGCAGGCUAACACAGGCUCAGACUUACCCUUUUGUACCCCAGUUACAGUGCCAUUGGAGAGUUUUCCAGCUCUCAGAAGUGGCAGAGCGGAGACUCUGUAUUUUAGGAAGUCUGUGAAUCCUGAUGGGUUUUCUAAGAAACCUGAAUCACUAAUGAUUCUGUGAGGGAAGUAAGGCCCUAAAAAACAGGACAAGUUAUUGUUCAUUCCUCACGUGGUUUCGAAUAGGUAUCUCUGUUUUGCAUUUAUUUCCAAUCUGGUGGGAGGGUUGACUUAGAACUGUCCGCUGCCCCCUCCCAUGGUGUCCUUGGCACUGGUGAUCAUGCUUGGCCCCCCAGUCUUCCUCUGUUGAGUCCGUGUGGGUGUUGCCAUUUGCUGGGGGAGGAGGCACAAAUGUAUCUGAAGAUGCUGAUUCCAGUCUUGGCUCUGUUGUUUGUGCGAGCGUCAGCCCGUUAACCUCUCUGUGCCUUAGUUUCUUAUCUCACGGGAGAGAUCCUUGCCUGACCCGAGGACUACCUCAAGGGCUUGUAGUGAGGACAGAUGAGAGUCUGAGACUCCAGAACCUUUAGUGCUAAGGUUCUCAGCGCUGACUGCAUGCUGGAGUAACUAGUGAAGCUUCUAAAAAAAAUGUUGAUGCCCGCACCCCCGGCCCUCCCCCACCCUUGGCCAAUUAAUCAGAACCUCAGGCAGCAAAUACAUCUCCUGAGACGCGAGGACGCACACCUGGAAGCAUUGCAUAAGGCUUGCGCUUCCUAACUGAUUCCUCUUUGGGAAACGUAGUCAUGUCUGUAGGAAAUGCUGACACAUGCAUUCAUGAUUUAAUCGAGUAUUGUCUGAGCUGGUUCUCUAUUUUUCACCAAGCAUUUGGAAAACUCAAAUAAGCUUUCAUUUAUUCCGUGUAUGAAGCCUUGGCAACCAGUGUAAACAGAUGUGGAUUUAUAAAUCUUCUAAAUAUAUGUUACUUGUACGCCCUUGUACUUAACUCCUGUGCUAAUUACAAACUCCAUUUUCCCGAGGACACGUUAGUGCCUCCGUGUCUGUGAUGCAGUGGGGCAGGCGUGGGCAUAUGCAUCAACCAGGAUCACACGCAUGCGGUGCCCGGCAUGGAGUGCCGGGAAUGUGCUGGGACAGACGGAGCCAGCAAGGGCCCGUGAAGCCACCACGUGUGUUAAGCAAGGGUGGAUCCAGCCUUCCUGCGAGUGUGGCAGAGGUGGGGGGUGGGGCUCCUCCAGGGAAGUCAGGGCACUGAAGUGGAUCCCGUAUAUAGCAUGUGGAGGCUGUGGAGAACAUCUAGUGACGUUCAUGUCUCUGGUCCUGGACAAAGAAUCUGUACCGAAGAGGAAACGACUUCUGAAAUAAGGCAGUUUAUGAAUGUUUAAAAUGCCUGGAGCAUUAAAGCAAUGAUAUUUCAA